GUCACUCCGACCCUCGCCAGCCCCUCAGGCAGACGUCAGCUCACACAGCCUCUCCGUGCUGUUUCGGGGUCACUAGCGAAGGCCUAGGUGGAUGAGCUGAGUCUCUUGUCGACUCCCCGAUUUCCCAGGCGAUGGACUUGGGAAAUGGGUUAGUGGAUCGAGGAGGGGAGCGCUGAGCGGCCCGCUGAGCUGGAGGCGGUAGAUCGUUGGCUAUGGCGGCUGCAGAUCCUUCUGGGCCUCUGAACACCAGGCAAAGUCAUGAGGAGGAGACCCCUAGGGAGGCUAGACAGGUGCUGUAUCCCGGUAACCAAGUUCAGAAGGUGAUGAAAGCCAGGCUGCCCCUCGUCAGACAGAAACAAGAGAAGGAGCUUCAAGAGCGAGGAGAGAUCAAGAUCAUCCAGCUAGGCUUUGACUUGGAUGCUCAUGGAAUUGUCUUCACUGAAGACUACAGGACCAGAGUCCUGAAGGCCUGUGAUGGCCGACCGUGUGCUGCAGCAGUGCAGAAGUUCCUGGCCUCGGUGCUCCCAGCCUGUGGAGACCUUAGUUUACAACAGGACCAGAUGACGCAGACUUACGGCUUCAGGGACUCGGAAAUCACGCACCUGGUGAACGCUGGAGUCCUCACUGUCCGAGAUGCUGGGAGCUGGUGGCUGGCUGUGCCUGGAGCUGGGAGAUUCAUCAAGUGCUUUGUGAAAGGGCGCCAGGCUGUACUCAGCAUGGUGCGGAAGGCCAAAUACCGGGAACUUCUCCUGUCAGAGCUGCUGGGCCGUAGGCCCCCUUCAGCAGUGCGGCUCGGCCUUGCAUACCAUGUGCAUGACGUCAUUGGGGCCCAGCUAGUGGACUGUGUCCCCACCAGUUCUGGAACCCUCCUUCGCCUUCCGGAUACGUGAGGACUCAAUUCUUGUACUGUGUAACUCACUGAGUGACAUUCCUGGCAGCGCUGCCCCGGGUGGCUGGUUGGUGCCAGGCUCUGCUGCAGCAGUGGUCGCACCUGACUGCGCCUGUGCACUGCAUCUCUGUUUCUGUGGUGUGGAGCCAGGGCCCUACCAAGGGGACAGGACGGUGGAGGGAGCAGAAAACUGCCCUCCGGGUCAGCUGGAAAUUGCCAAAUAAAAUACUUGUGCCUGUC